AUGAAAGACACACAAGCCACUCAGGAAAUUUCGGCGGUCCUGCAGAGUGAAGUCCAUGAGCAGGAAGAUAAAAUGGAAAAUCAAGCUCAAAUUGAAGACACACGUGACGAUCUCUCAAAGACACAGCAAUCUUCAGUACAUUUUUUUCCAACAUCAACGGAUUCAGAUACCACUACCCUGCCAUGUUCAUGGUCAUUAUCCAAUGAAAUACCUCUCAGUUACUAUCUGUCCAGCCCUCAGGUUAGUGGAGUAACGUUAUCAACAGUUGGACCAAAGCCUCUUAAACCUGCUCUAGUGAGCCAUUCCCAAUCAGAAGACAGCUUGGGACUCAACAACUUCAAAAUUCCAAAGAAACACACUAUGCCGGUGCUUGCUUCUCAGCCAGCUGUGACUGGGGAAGGGGAGGAUUAUUUCCUAUCUUUGUUUGGUGAUUCAAAGAAACUUGUCAUGCACUCAUUCCACACCAAGAAAACUUGGAAGCACUUUUCUAUGAUUCUUGAAGAAGUGGGCCAAUCUAGAUCCAGUGCUCUUGGAGACAUUAAAAUAGCUGAAGUGAAUGUCAAAGGUUUAUGCGUGAAGCUCAUUAACUCUUCCCUUGACAAAGAACUGGAAAUUGGAAAUCAUAUUCUCCAACAAAAUGUCGAUGGACAAACAGUCUCUCUGUACCAAUUCCUUCCCAAUAUCAUAAUGCAGGCCAAUUCCACGGUAACAGUCUGGGCAGCAGCAUCUGAAGCAAAGCACCAGCCACCAUCAGAUUUUCUUUGGAAGGAACAAAACAGAUUUAGGACAAGCCCAAAUUGUACAACAAUCCUGUGCAAACCUAAUGGUGAAGCUGUUGCCUGGUACACUCCUAUUCACUGGAAGCAAGCAUGGGAGAAAUUAGAGACUGACACUGAAUGUGACAGAUGCUCAGUAGUAAGUCCAACAUCUCAAAGGCACAUGUUUCAUUGGCCAGCAGCUACAACUACAACUAAAGAAAAACAAGAUCAAUCUAAGAAAGAUACCUCAAAAUAUCAGGUGGAACGAGUUCAAGCUUCUCUUACAAGAGAAAAAGAAAUCCCACCAAUGCUUUUCCCCAAUCGCAGCCCUUGGUGCCACAGUCCUAAUGUCUCUGCACAUCCCUACUGUCCACUGAUUGAUCCUCACAACACCUACAUGACUGAACGCAGCUUAGACAGACAGCCCAGGUCUCAGUCAGCCAGGCCUGAUCCAGCCAGGUAA